UGAUGCGAAUGUGUACUUGCUGUACAAAACACACCAGCAGCUGGACAGCGGGAGGAGAGUCGCCGGAGCAGCAAGGAUGCUGUGACUCAAAGCAGUGGGAGUGGUGUCUGAGCCACGGUGUGGCCAAGGGGGACGAUGCAGGGUUUGCGCUCCAGGUCGGACUCCGUGGCCGUACCCCUGAACUCGGCCGUGGAGACGGAGAAGGCGCAAGCGCUUCUGAAGACGUUCAGCACAGCAUCUCUGCUGGCCAGCGCCGGGCUCGGAACAUUCUGCAUCCUAGCCGACGGCAUUCUAAACUCGCCGUUUAUCCAGCAGCACGCUUGGUUUAGGGCCGUACUGGACAACUCGGUCCAUGCCGUGAUCGCACUCUGGUCCUGGGCCAUUGUCAUUGGCUUGAGGAAGAAGAGCGACUUUUAUGAAGUGUUGCUGGCCGGCUUCCUUGCCUCCGCCAUUGACCUGGAUCACUUCUACAUGGCCAGAUCACUGUCACUUAACGCGGCUCUGAACCUGCCCCGGCGUCCUCCGCUGCACUGCUCCACCAUGGUUCCGGUGCUUUGCUUCUCCCUGCGCCUGCUCAUGUGGGCGUGCAGGCUGAAGGACUCGUGGUGUUCACUGCCCUGGCUGCUCUUCAUCUCUCUGGCGUCGCACCACAUACGAGACGGAGUCCGCCACGGCUUGUGGCUUUGGCCUUUCGCCAACACGCCACCGAUCCCCUACUGGCUGUAUGUCAGUAUUACGGCCACGCUCCCCCACCUAUGUUCUGUGCUCAUGUACCUGACCGGCACCAGAGACAUGAUCUCCACUAAACACGGCGUGGCCAUCGACGUCUGAUCGGACAGCUUUGGUCUUCUCCAGGAAACUUUUGCACUGCGCUUGUGUGACCUGAACUUCUGGCGUUCGGAAGCACCUCAGUUACAGCUGCAAGUCCCUUCUUGUCCCUUUACGUAAUUUAACCAGCUCAUCAGGUGUCACUUUGCUAUCAGGGUCUACUGACUGCUUUAAUUGGAACUGUAUAUUUAGUCAAUUUAUUUAUUCACAAGAGACAAUAGAAAAGAUGCUUUUUUUCUUUUCUUUUUUUUUUAUUUUUAGAAAGCAUCUUUUCUAUACCGGGUUCACUUUUCUUCAUCCUGUAAUUGUUGUUCUUGCUUUGUUUUUAAUUUAUUUCAGGUACGACCAAAUAGAUGGAGAGAAUGUGCUAGAUGAUGCUCUUUAAAGGCACAUUUAAACCUGACCAAACCUGAAACCUACCCAAUUUCCACUUUCAUCCUGGUUGCUCUAUGCUAAAACUAAAACGUUCGUUGGCAGCAUUAUCCUGUAACCCCAAGCCAAGCUUAGUCGUGUCUAGACUAUAUUUGUGGUAACGGCAAAAUCUUGCGCCACAAGGAUCCUUUAAAUUCUCUCCCCGGUCCCAGAAAGUCCAAAUAUGCUGUAGUAAUCAUCAUUCUGCAUCAGUGAUCAGAUUCUACAAGUAACAUUGAUAACCUUCUGGCACGAACACAUCGAGACAUGCUCAGAUCAGUAAGGCCGAGGCCGCACCACACACCUUUAGACAUGAUUUAAGUCUGAGUCAGUAAGCUAGAGUGACAAGUCGUGUAGGCUAUGAUCUUCAUCUACUGCAUUAAGUGCAGUAUAUGAUCCAACAUUGCAAGAAAUCUGCGGAAGCCAGUCGUCGUUUAGUGUAUUCUCACAGGCUUUUCAAAAAGAAUUGGAAGAUUGUGAAAGUCGUGUAAUUUGACUUCAGCCCACAGGAGAUAUACAGGCUAUAAGAAUUUACAAGCUUUUGAGUAAGAAGAGCCUCUUGCUGUUCCAAGGUUAAAGAGAAGUGCAAUGCAGCAAAGUUAAAUGUACAGUUCACAUUUUCCCCUUAUUGACCAUAUAUAUGUAAUGAGAGUCAACCCUUCCAUUGCAAUGGUUCUGUAUACCUUCAUGUCGGUUUUCUAGUUUUUCCUGAAGAUCCAAAUCCUUCUUCUUUCACUGAAAAGUGAAAAAGUGUUGUUAUCCUACUCCCUGAUCGUAUGACUGCAGUUGCUCAGAAAAAAAAAAAAGGUUGGCUUGGCAUCUUUGCACUUUCUGGUUAGUACCAUUUGGUUGACUGAGCUCUAACAUUGAUUGUGGCAAUGACUAAAUUAGGAAAUCCUAGUGAAUUAUAUGUAGAGGUUAAAACAGGUACAUGGACAGGUAUUGGACAGCAGGCUAUUUUUAUCUACAUCUGCUCAAAACAUUCAUUGAGAAUUGUGAUCUUAUCUCUCAAAUUUCGAUUAAAAAAAACCUAAUGUUUAGUUGUUUUACCAAAAUUCAUAUUUAGGGUUUAAUCCGAGACGAAUGCUGAGACAUCAUUUAAAACAAAAAGAUGCAAAUGAAUAACUCAGAUUUUCUGUUCUUAGGACGUUGAGUGUUACUAUCAAUAAGAACUAGCUAGUGAGUCUACACUAUUACUUUAUUGAAUAACUAAUCAACAUAAACAAAGCAAACCUUAAAGAAACUUGAAUGAACCUCUGAAAUGUCUGAUUCAUGUUACACUUGCUUCUUGUUCUCAUUAUGUUUGUUUCACCGAAUUCCUUUGCUUUAAAUCAUGCAAAAAUAAUUUCUGUUCUGCUGGAUAAAAAAAACAGGGCUGGACAUUUCUGUAUCAUUGCUGUAUCCUUUAAAGAAACACAAAAAUUAAGACUUAAAGCAGUUGGUUUCCUUGGAUUUGGACAGAAAUAGACAGUGAACUAAAGGGAUCACUAAGUUCAUAUUUUCUCCAGCAGGGGGCAUUAGUGCACUACAAGUAGUUUUUGUCUUUUCAUACUGUUAUCUCGCCUGUGUGUAUUUGUACAGAUGGCCUGAUUUUGCACUUUUUAAUUUAUGAAUUGUGUAAAUGUCAUUUGUUAUCUAUUAA